AUGGCAAUUACCCCAACGCCGCCCAAUGACGGCAUCGGCAUGGACGACCAAGCCCCCGUCAAUACGCCGCCACCACCCUACGAAAACAAACCAGAACCCGACAAGAACGAUGAAGACGAUUGUUUCUCGAACAGCAGCUUGCCCAUCAGCUUGAUGAUGUUGCUAUCGCCACGGCCACACGAAGACUGGAAUGGGCAGGAGUGGUUCGGCUCCUUAUCCUUGAAAUGCACAGACAUACCUGCCUUGAUGGAAGAUGGCUUGUAUGUGGCAGAUGCGAAUGUUCAGAAAGAACGAGGAUAUUUCAAACUGUCAUCCGCACCAAGUGGACAGGAAGGCAGUCCUGGGCACACAAGAAUCUGGAUGCUUCGGAGCACAGCACAGGAAACACCCAGAUGGACUGCAAAGCUCGAUAUAGGUGCGAGUACAAUGAAGCCACUGUCGAACCUGAAAGUGGAGGACCUCUCAGCAGACAAUGUUGCAAAGUUCUUCGUCUACAAUGAUGUUAUCCAGCUUGAGAUCGCCAUGGUCUAA